AUGCCUCAACAACAGCCCGUCAAUAGCACUGUGAAGGCUCAGCCUUCUCAGUCCGCAAACAAAGUCGGCUCGAAGCCUAUACCACCAUUCGACAUCGACAACUACCUCAAUCCUUUUGUUCCUCGCAACCCUUUGCGAUUCUUGCCUACUUGGGUCUCAUACUGGUUCGGCUACCGCUCUCCAUCGUCCACUAUUGCACACCAUCCCUGCCUCUGUUUUCUUCCCACUUCAUAUCUUGAAUACUUCCAUCCUUCGGAGUGGUUCUACACCUAUCACGUCCACACCUUCCUUCUGUACCUGUCAAUCCUGGUCGGUGCCUUUUGCGGCGUUGCCAUCAUCGAAAAUGUCUUCCUCGCCCUUCCCCAGCUGUCGGGCCACGCAGUGCCCAUAGUUAUCGCCUCAUUUGGCGCGGCGGCUAUUCUGGAGUACAAUACCGUUGAAUCGCCCCUUGCUCAGCCCAGGAACUUGGUUUUCGGACACUUCUUCUCAGCUAUCGUCGGUGUGGGCAUCACUAAACUAUUCUUGUUGCUACCGCCCGACCAGUUUCAAGACCUGAGAUGGCUUGCGGGCGCGCUCGCGGUUGGGGUUGCAUCCAUUGUCAUGAGCUUCACCAAGACCAUUCACCCACCUGCCGGCGCUACUGCACUGCUGGCGGCGACGAACGUGGAGAUCCAAGAUUUGGGGUGGUGGCUGUUGCCCCUUGUACUGCUGGCGGCCAUGUUGAUGUUGGCCAGUGCGCUUGUGAUCAACAAUUUCUCCGGAAGACGCUAUCCGGUGUACUGGUGGACGCCGGUGGAUCUGAAGCACCUCAAGGAGGAGGGCAGGAAGGCGACGUUAGCAAGGAGGCUAGAGCGGGGGGGAAUCGACGGAGAUGUCGAGAGGGGCGCUGACCCAUCCACUGCAAAGGAGUAUGUGGAGGAUCUGUCGGAUACCACGACCGAGACGGGCGGUCUUGACAUCGACGACGCUGGCCACGACGCGUCUUCGCCGGAAAUAAAUACCACGAUGAGCCGCACAGUGACCUUCUCCUCGAUCGACAGAGUUCCCAGACCCCUGGCCGAAAGAAAGCGAUCCAAGUCGGCAAGCAAGAAAUCCAAGCAAGGGCAAGAGCUUGGCGAAGAGGUUCUCGAGGGUGAGAGCAUCUUUAUCUCGCAACACCGCAUGAUUGUGCCCGAGUGGCUCGACCUAAGUGACUGGGAAGACGAGGUGCUCCGGAUCCUGAUGGUGCGGAUGAAGGAGCAUUCGUCUUCCGUCGCCCCAGACUUGAAGUGA